CGUUUUUAACUUGUGCAAUCAUUCGAGCGGCGGUCACAAAGUACUUAUAAUAUCUACAGUGUAGUCGUGCGACUAGCUCUAAGGAUGUCCCUCAAUCAGCAAUUUGAAGCGGCUGCCGAAGCUGUGAAGGCGCUCACGAAGCGUCCUACUGACGAGGAGCUUUUGGAGCUUUAUGCUUUAUUCAAACAAGCUACAGUUGGCGACAAUAACACGUCCAGACCCGGCAUGCUGGAUUUAAAAGGAAAAGCUAAGUGGGAAGCAUGGAACAAGAAGAAGGGCACCUCGCAAGAAGACGCAAAGAAAUCCUACGUCGAUUAUGCUGACCAACUGAUCGCAAAAUAUAACUAAAUAACUUUAUUAUUAUAUCUAUCAUUGUGUCGGUAGUUACGUUCCUGCUAUAUGAAUUAAACGUAAUGUAUUUAGGUAGCAUCUGUUACUUAUUGGUAAAUUAAACGCUUUGCGAUUUUCACUGCGA